CAAACAGUUGUGAUCGUGAACCCGUGGUGCCAAAAACAGCAGACUGUUCAGUGAUUCAGUGUUUAUUCAGUCGGGAUGGCAUACUGACCUACAUUCGGCAGUGACGGUUUACUUGUUUUCGGUACUCAGAAUUCCGAGCGUGAUAGAAAUGGGCCGUGUGAAAUUCUUGAGCUUGUUUUCACUACAGUUUGUGGUUUUGAUAGUACUAUUUGAGCGGUUCAAUCCUGCAUGUACUUUGUCGACUGUGAAGCGAACAAGUGAUGAUGCACUACUGAAAGAAGAGCAAAACGAUGAAAACGUGAAGCAGGAAAAGGAACAGCCAGUGUCAUACGACGGAGCCCAACUGUGGAGGAUUGAUUACGAUGAUCAACGGAAGAGAACUGCUGUGGCGGAACUGCAGGGAAAGUUUGAGACUGCUAUGUGGAGCUUCAACGCAACCUCAGUGGACAUUUUCCUCAAACGUCCAAAGGAACUACCCAAGGCGCGUCAGUUUCUCCGGAAGGCGAAAAUUCACUUUGACGUGGUGAUUGAAAACAUGCAACGAGAGAUUGAUCACGAAAAUCCACCCAAAGACGAAUUGGAACAGUGGGAAAACCGUGAUGGUCACCGAAUGACAUGGAACGCAUACCAUCGAUUGAAAGAUAUCCACGAAUGGAUGGACUAUUUGGCCAAAACAUACCCGGAUCUUUGCAGUACCAACAGUAUUGGAAAAUCAUUUCAAGGACGCGAUAUGAAGGUAAUACGCAUAUCCAAUGGAAACCCGUCGAACGCUGCGGUCUGGAUAGACGGUGGUAUUCAUGCUCGCGAGUGGAUCAGUCCGGCCACGGUUACUUACAUCGUGAAUCACCUGAUUGAAGAAUGGGAUGAUCAGCCGGCAUACAUUCGAAACAUCGACUGGUACGUGCUACCGGUUCACAAUCCGGAUGGGUACGAAUACACCCACAAGGUUGACCGCUUAUGGCGAAAGAGUCGGCGUGCGUCACACUUCGGUCCGUGCGCUGGUGUAGACUUGAAUCGAAACUACGGUUACAAGUGGGGAGGACAAGGGUCUUCGAAACAACCAUGUUCGGAAAUCUAUGCCGGAUCGGGGGCUUUCUCAGAACCGGAAACGAAAGCUGUGUACAAUUUCAUGCAGAACUCAGCAGCGAAAUGGAAGGGUUUUCUGACUUUCCACAGCUACGGUCAAUACAUUCUGUAUCCCUGGGGAUACGAUAGAUCGGUUCCUCCAGAUCAUUUAGAUUUGAAGCGCGUUGGUGACGAGGCGGCACAGCGAAUGCUACAAAUGAGUGGCCAACAAUAUACUGUUGGUCCAUCUGGAAAUACGCUUUACCCUGCAUCUGGAGGUUCGGAUGAUUGGGCCCGUGGUGCUAUGAACAUUAAAUACGCCUAUACCGUAGAGCUGAGAGAUAGUGGUCGUCACGGUUUCGUUCUCCCAGCGAGCGAAAUACAACCUACUGGAGAAGAAUCAUUGUUGUUCAUUGACUCUAUAGCCAAUGCGGUUUCUAAGCUAUAAGCUAACAACCAUCCUCGCAAAUAAAAUGUAACUUUAAUAAAAAUCAA